AUGUGGGACGACAUCGCUAUUCUCGGCCGAUAUUUGCUGAUGUUAUCGUUCAACAACUGUCUGGAUGUGGCCAACCAUUUGCCAUAUCUGUUCCAUAUCGUGACACUACUGGUCCACACGGGACCCAUGUCUUUGAGAGCGUCAAUCCACGGAUUGGUCAUCAAUAUAAUCCAUUCGUUGUGCACCUGUACUAAGCCGUCAUUCAGUGGUGAAACGCAACGAUUAUUGCGUUUAAGUUUAGAUGAGUUUUCGUUACCGAAGUUUUACUUAUUGUUUGGCAUAAGUAAAGUGAAGUCAGCGGCGGUGACGGCGUUCCGUUCAACAGCUACUGGCAGUCACGGCCGGCACUUCUGCAUCGAUCGGCACCACUAUCUGCCUCAGGACCGGUCGUUCAACCAAUCCAUUGGUGAACAUCAGGAACGCAUACCUUUGGCCUCAUUGGAAGUGAUCACUGACGCCCUGUUGGAGAUUAUGGAGGCGUGUAUGAAGAACAUACCCAACUGUGAUUGGCUCCAGCAGUGGAUCGAGUUGUCCAAGUCGUUUGCAUUCCGCUAUAACCCCGCUCUUCAGCCGCGGGCUAUCAUUGUGUUCGGCUGUAUAUCGAAGACAACUAUUGAUCAGGAAGUGAAACAAUUGUUGCGAAUUCUGGUCAAAGCUCUCGAAUCGUUCCAAGACUUACAACUCAUUGAAGCCAUAAUAAUGGGUUUGACUCGUUUGCAGCCACUUCUGGCCCCCGAGUCA